UGUUUUGUUUUAUUAGACAGCACGCUUUUCUGCUACUGACGCAGUUUGGGAUUUGAUUAAUCCGGAAGUGAAGUGGGAGGAUGUUUUUCCUCAUAAUUUGAUGGCCAAAUAAUCAUUAGACACUCCCAUUAUUAGUGUGGUUUGUUGAAUUUCAAAUAUCCAUGUAAGGCUGAAACGAUGCAGUCGUUGUUUUCCCACAGACGAUCAACCAUGGCUCCUGCAGCCAACAGCAACACAACUCAACAGUCUCGUUUACAAGACAUAAUUUUUCUUUUGCAUAACAAACGAGAAUCUUUGGCUGCUAGCCGAUCUCGACUUAGUUUGACCAGCAGGCAGAUUCAAGACAUCUGUUCUGCGCUCUAUUCUUCCUCUCUUCAUUCUCAGAAUACUGAAUCUUCGUCCCUCCACAAUUUGUUAUCCAAUGUUAAAGCCAUCAAAAUUGUUCCAGAGCCUGCCAGUAGUUCUUUGCUCUUAAACGAAACAAUUAAUUUGUCCCCGUUUCACCAAUUAACUCAUUUGGAAGUUAGAAAUGUCCCCAUUUUGCAUGUCAUCCACCUGUCACAACUACGGUCACAACUUCAUCAUUUGGUCCUCUAUGCCUGUCUCGAUUCCCUGGAUGAAGUAUUACAAGGAUGUGGAGGUGACAAGUGCUCUGACACUUUUCUCUGGUCAGAGUUGCAUUCUCUGCAUGUGACAAGCUGUCAGACGAUUGACCUUGGAACUGGACUUCAAUUAGCCCCAUGGCUUAAAACUCUUAAUUUGACUUUCAAUGAGUUGACUGACAAUUCCAUACAGUCCCUUUCAACUUUAUUGACUCUUCAUAGUCUCACAUUAGACUUCAACAGCCUUCAAAGAAUCCCUGUUUUAGCUCCAAGUGCUAGGACUACAUUGAAAGUAUUACGACUCAGACAGAACCAGCUGGACAGUCUAAGAGGAGUGGAGCAGUUGGUUUCUUUGGAAGAAUUGGACGUCGCCUACAAUUGUAUUUCUAGCGGGGAAGCAUUAUCAGCUUUAUCCUCCUUGACCCAUUUGAUCAAACUCAGUUUAGAGUUUAAUCCAAUCAGUUAUGUCAAAGAUUAUCGACAAGUGGUUUUACGGCGCGUUUCAUCGGGGAUAAACCGGAAAAAGUUUCGACUUGAUGAACAGCCAUUAAGUUCCAUCGACAAAGAUGCUGUGGGAACGAUGGCGGCCUUGUAUUCAAUCCAACCCGAGUUGAGCGGAUCGUGGAGCACUUCUCGACUCUUUCAGCAACAACAAACGACGGUGGUGAUCUCGUCGGUCGAUGACGCGAUGGAAGAAAACGCCCAACAAUCUCUAAACCCCGACGGCAGCGAAAUCCACAAAUCGCUGUCGAAUUCAGAAAGACUGCGGCCUUCUCCCUCAUCUGUCAAAGUAUCAAAUUCUUCAUGCGUUACUCCAAAUAACGCCUUGUCAUUGUCGGCGGUGAAACGUCGCAAAGCCAGCCGAAUGAGAGAAGUUGAAAUUGCUGAUCCCCAAAUCGUUCCGCAUCCCGAUGCAUUCCUGAAACCUGAUCAAAACCCUGUGGUGUCGACUGCCGAGACCCUGACGACGUCAUCAGAACAACCGCCCCCAUCGAGUGACUCGAGACAUUUGACGACCAAGCAGCGAGUUGAAGAACUACGCCGAGUUUUUGGUCAAGAAAACUGGCUGACUAGUCAAGCGGGAAAUGAAGUUCGGUUGCUUCUUGGCUGGCAAGAAACAGAAACGCAGCUAAAGCAGACGACUAAUAAUGGAGGCAUGGAGGCGAAAUCUCCAGUCAAAGAAGAAACCGCCGAGUCUUUGGGAAAAGAUGACGCCAUUGUUGUACUGGAAUCUGAAAGCGGUUUGAACAUGUCUGCCGAAGACGACAACUGUAUUGUCGUCAGCCAGGACGAUUCCAACGACGAAGAAACGGAUGAUUUACAUAUCUUUGUUGUCCAGCGUCAAAUCAAUGCUGAAUGCCAAGAGGAGAGAUUGAUGACCGUCUCGGCUGGUUAUCUGUGCGAAAAAGAUUCGCUAAGUGGCCAGACACUUUCCUGCUGGAAACGUUCCAGUCUUCAAAGCAUGACGGUUCUCCAGCAAUCAAAUACAUCCCGCCCAAUCGUUCGGGUUCAACUGACUUUUUAUUCAGCUUUUCGCAAUAGUAGCGAGCCCAUCUACGACAUGGAACAAGACGAUUUUAAUGAGCUGGAAAAGAUUUUCGCUAGCUGCUCAGGGUCAUCGGCAAAAGUUGCCAAUCCGGAGAAAGAGGAUCGAUUAUUGAGAGACGAUAUGAGCUGCAUGAAAUGCGAUCGCAAAUUCCCUUUGAUUCGAGCGGCUAUCCGGCUGCGAAGUUCUACAGUUUCUUCUCCUCUUUUGAAAGGUCAACUGGAAGAAUAUUCUGUCUGCCCCUACUGCUCAAGUGACAUGGUAUUCGCCUUGGAACAACAGCAGCAGCAGCAAAAACCAGUUGCAGUUCCUAAUAAUGAAAUGUCUGGGUCUGAAUCAACGUCUUCCUCGAGUAAUCAUUCGGGCAGUGACGUCAUCGUGGCAUCCAAUGAACCUUAUUCGCCCGCCAUCAGCGGUGAGGAGGCUUCCGACACUUCGGAAGAAGGAAGUGUCGAGGUGGUUAUGGAUAAAGUCAUGCGACUCGCUUCUAUGACCGAGUAUUCCGUUUCUCCGUUCAAUAUCAACGGUGCAAACUUCAACACAAAGUCAACUGGUAAAUCCCUGUCGUCGCGCUCGCACAGCAGCAAGAGCAGCAGUCAAGCAAGUCACAAAAAUGGUUCUUCGGCAGUUCGAUCUAAUUCGUCUGUCCGCUCGAGCUCAUCCUCGGUCCCUCCCUUUACAUAUUCUUACGCCGACUUUUCUCAGGUGGAUCAUCGGUUGAGACUUUACUGCGAAAUGUUCUUGUUGGGCCACCAAACGGAAGAAUUUCAUGGCCUCAUCAAGGUUGAGUUGGUUACGAUGAAUGCCAUCCCGGCGGAUGAGGAACUCACUCCAUUUCCUGCCCUUUUGGUUGUAACCAGUCAUAAAGUUUACUUCCUUCGGAUUACAGGAUCACCCAGCAGUGAGCAGCCAGAAAAGUGGCUCAAUUUGGAAACAAGUUACCCGCUUAAUCAACUAGUUAACAUGUUGAUCGUCAUCGGUAACCAAGGUGUUGUUCUCAAGUUCGGAACGAGUUGGUCUCACCUCAUUUUGCUUCGUGAUCAAAGACGAACCAAGAACGUGACUCACUUUCUCACUGAUAUUCUUGAGAAAUCCGGAUUGACUGUUCCGCCCUUACGGACGGAUCUCAUGGCGGAUCAAUGGCUGGCAUUGGAUGGACUCGUCAGAGGAGAUCAGGACACUGUUUCGACGGGAUCUGCGGAUGACGGUGAAACGGACGGUGUUGUAGGAUCUACGAGGACGAGUACUCGAUUCAUGCCGGAUAGCAAUUCUCGCGUCUUCCUCUUUUGUGUAAACUGCCGGGUCGAAUGGGGCAAUAGUAAGCAGCAACAAAAUCACCAGCAAACGGCCAGUUAUAGCAACACAGCCUUGAUGGUCACAAGUGAUCGUAUGGCAUUAGUACGUGGUGAUCCUCGUUGGCUGAUGAGCCAUCAAGUUCAGUUUCGAACGUGGGGGGUAUCACUUCUCAGCCUUCAGCAACUUGUCAAUCUCGUCUCUUUGGAAAGCUUUGUGAGCAAGCCGGAACAAAUCCGAUGUUAUUUUCUCGAUGAAGCAUCGGGUAUGGAAGAGAAAUGGACUGUUUCUUUGGCUACCAGAGAAGCGGUUGAUCAACUGAUUGAAGCUGUACGAUAUCCUUGGGAAGCCGUCUUCUCCGUUGAGCUGGAAAUCAACGAGCUCGACGAAUAACAUCAUGUAAUAUCCCCCUCUCCAUUAGACUUAUUGUUUUUCUUUAUUGUUACUUUGCUGUACACGAAUUCUGUGCGAAGUGCAAUUAUUUUGUUUCAAACGUGAGCCUUUUCAACUUCUAAUUCAUUACACAAUGUGCAUUCAGAUAAUAAGCAAUUUAUAACAAAACUAUUA